AUGAAGGGGCAAUUGAUCAUGAAGCCCACAGCCUUGGGAGCAAUAAAGGCUCAUAUGCAACUACUGAAGGCCUACAGCAUCAAGGGAAUUGUUUCAGUGUCAGCUUACCAUUUAGCAGAGAGGUUAAUGAGUCAUUUUAAGGAGGAUAUAGGCAACUUUAAGCAGAUCCAGAGAAGGACAAUGAGGAUGAGCAGAGGUAUGGAGAAUGAAACCGAUGAGGAAAGGUUGAAGAGCCUGGCCAUGUUCAGCCUGGGGGAGACCGGUCUUGGCAAAGUGGGUCCACGAGGGCCACGUGGCUUCCCUGGGCCCCGGGGUGAAGAAGGAAUUGUGGGAGUCCGUGGCCCCAUUGGCAUGAUGGGACAGAAUGGCCUUGUGGGGAUCAAAGGAGAAAAGGGUGACGUUGGAUUUCCUGGGCCCAAAGGAGAACGGGGAGAUCCCAUGACGAUUUUUGGACCUCAAGGCUACAAAGGCAACAAAGGAGAUGCGGGUGAAAGGGGCCCUCCUGGAUUUGAUGGAGACAAGGGUGAGAAAGGAGAAGAUGGACCUGCUGGUGAAAAGGGUGUGAAAGGAGAAGCGGGAUCUAAAGGAGUCAUGGGCCUCUUUGGCACAAGGGGACCAGUGGGACAGAAGGGUGAAAUCGGAGAACCUGGACUGCUUGGAUUUGCGGGAAGGGCAGGACUUGAUGGGAAGAAUGGGAUGAAAGGAGCAAAAGGAGACCGAGGUCUACAGGGCCAAAAAGGAGAACCGGGAGGAAAAGGAGAUCCCGGAAUCACAGGAGACAUUGGACGGAAAGGUGCAAAGGGUUUACGUGGUUUGCCAGGGAGGACAGGACCUCCGGGUUCACAUGGUAUCAAGGGAGAAACCGGUGGUGUUGGGAGGCCAGGAACACCAGGGGCAGACGCUCUUAUUGGUCCAAAGGGCGAACGUGGAGAGUCUGGUACUGAUGGGUUGCAAGGAAUUACGGGGCAGAAAGGAGAAAAGGGUUCCAAGGGGGUUCCUGGCCUGGGGGGCUUUAAAGGACAGACCGGCCUACCUGGCAAGGUGGGUGUUGCAGGCCCACCUGGCCCACAAGGACCGCGGGGGGAGCUGGGACCAAAGGGGGAACGAGGCAGAAGAGGAAAGCAACCGUUGUGUCUCCAGGGAGCCCCAGGGACUCCUGGCAACAAAGGCGGAAAGGGAAAGAGUGACCAUUUCGACAGCAUAUCAGACCAAAAUGGACCUGAUUCAGUUGUCCACAUGAACACUCCAGAGUUUCUCCAACUUUGCCUAAGUAGAGCAAAGUCAGGCUAA